GGGCUUGCACUCCCGCAGCAGGCCACAUUGUGAAGCCAACAAGCUGUCGCACCACAUGGGAACCACUGCAGCUGCGGCUUCAGCUGCUUCUGUCGAGGAAUGUGGGUCACAGCAGCUUGAACCUAGUGACAGGCCAUCUGGUGCUGGUGACGUGGAAGCUUUUCAGCCCUCGGUUUCUCAAGAUGCACAAAGCAGCACCGAGCAAGUGGUGCCAGAGGAGCUCGAACCCUGGACCUCACAGGAGUUGGAGGAAGCACUCCUCGAUGGUCAUUCAGAGGCCUUACAAACUGUGAUUGGCAGUGAAAGGGACGAUGGAAAGCUCUAUGCAGGGAGCAGUCAAUGGCUCGAGAAGGAGGCAUGGGGCACUCUGUUCCGGGCCCCGACGGAUUCUUUAUUUUGCCGCAUGGCGACGAACGUUUUUUGGACGCCCGAGCAACUGAGGAGCCGCAGUGUGACGGGCACACUUUCGAACAAGUCGCGUUCGAAGGGGGUGACCGAACCAAGGCCUGCAUUAACCCCUGAGAAAGUGGCCUCACUAAAAGCUCUCUUCAGCAUAUACAUGGGCAGCGAUGUGCCUAAAGACGCCCAGAGCAAGAGGCUCAAGGACGUGCGCAAGCACCUUGCGCAGAAGCUGGGUGACAUGCGGCGCAAAUGAUCCUUCGUGCCGCCAGCACCCGCCACCCACCUGCAGCAGGUUGACGCCCGCGCCCUCCCUGAGCCAUCCCAACCAACUUUGCAUA